UGAGCGCCGCCUCGCGCCUCCCACCCUUUCCUGCGAGUUGAGGGCCCGCUCGGCGCUUCGCUGCCCGCCCCGGGCCGGGGAUGCACGACGCGGCGGGAUGGAGGUGGAGGAGGCGUUUCCGCUGGUGGGGCAGAUGGGACCCUACCAGGUGUAUCUGUGCGUCCUGCUGGCCGUGCUCCUCCAGCUCUAUGUGGCCACUGAAGCCAUCCUCAUUGCAUUGGUGGGGGCAACUCCUCCGUACCACUGGGAUCUGGAAUUGCUCUCUGCUAACCAGAGCCAUAGCAACCAGUCAGUGAGUGAGCAGAGAGCCUUUGGGGAGUGGCUUCUUACUGCCAAUGGCAGCGAAGUUCAAAAGCACGUACACUUCAGCAGCAGCUUCACAUCAAUAGUCUCUGAGUGGUUUUUAAUUGGCAACACAUCAUACAAAGUCAGUGCCGCCAGUUCUUUCUACUUCAGUGGUGUGUUUGUUGGAGCAAUCUCCUUUGGCCAGCUCUCAGAUCGCUUUGGAAGAAAGAAAAUCUAUCUCACAGGUAAAAGUAAUGAUCUUUUUCCAGGUAAACAAUCAAAUGUGUGUUACAGAUUUAUUCCAGAGUCCCCCCGCUGGCUAUAUUCACAAGGCCGGCUGAGUGAAGCAGAAGAUGCCCUCUACCUCAUUGCAAAGAAGAACCGCAAGCAGAAGCACACUUUUUCAUUAAAACUCCCUGCUGAGAGGAGCCCCAGAGAAGCUGGCAGUUUCUUGGACCUCUUCCGAUACCGGAUUCUCUUGGGACGCACCUUAAUCAUGAUGUUCACCUGGUUUGUGUGCAGCUUGGUUUAUUACGGUCUUACCCUUAAUGUGGGUGACUUAGGUGGAAACAUUUAUGCCAAUUUAGCCCUAUCAGGGCUGAUAGAAAUCCCAGCAUACCCAAUCUGUAUUUACUUGAUUAACCAAAAAUGGUUUGGUCGAAAGAGAACACUGAGUGCGUUUCUGUUCCUGGGAGGAUUGGCUUGUCUUAUUGUCAUGUUUCUUCCUAAAAAAAAAGAUACUGGAGUUUUUGCAGUGGUGAACAGUCGCUCACUUUCUUUGCUGGGAAAACUGACAAUCAGUGCAGCAUUUAACAUUGUCUACAUCUACACGUCAGAACUUUAUCCCACAGUGAUCAGGAAUGUUGGAAUGGGUGCCUGCUCCAUGUUUUCCCGUGUUGGUGGAAUCAUUGCUCCUUUUGUCCCUUCAUUGUCUGGAGACAAGGACAAUUCUGCAGGAAGUGGAAGUGAAGAUGAGGAGUUCUAUGAUGCUAAUGAAGAGACCCAUAUGAUCAACUUGUUAAAGGAAGUGGAGAAAAACACUCAGAACUUUCUGCAAGUCCUGGCAGCACGCAUUACCAGUGUGGUGAAUAGAACAGAGCUUUCGAGCACUGCAGCUGAAAUACCAGCUUUGGGUAAGUGUUUUCUGACCAAAUUUGCUGCUUUCUUCAACUCUCUGCCCCCAAUCCCAUCUAAAAUUUGAGCUAAUGUACUUAUCCUGGAUCACAGAAUCAUAGAAUCGUUUGAGUUGAAAGGGACCUUUAAUGGUCACCUCCUCCAACUUUCCUGUAAUGAACAGGGACAUCUACAACUAGACCAGGUUGCCAAGAGCUCCAUCUAGCCCAGAUGUCUCU